UCGCGCGUGGGGGUUGAAGCGAAGACGCGUGAGCGAGGCGACAGCUAGAACUCCGCUCAGCUAGAGAGGAAGGAGCUGCCACUUGGUAAUGGACGCCAAUAAAGGUAAAGGGGAACAAGGGAUGCAAAACCCAGGUGGGCAGAUUGAAAAACCUGUCAGCAUCCACUUUUUGGAAAGCAUGCUUCCCAAAGUAGUGAAGAGGCGAGUGCAUGCCUUGAAAAGGCUACAGGUGCAGUGUGCCAACAUAGAGGCUAAAUUCUACGAGGAGGUCCAUGAGCUAGAGAGAAAGUAUGCUGCCCUCUAUCAGCCACUGUUUGACAAGAGACGAGAUUUUGUCACAGGAACAGUGGAACCCACAGAUGAAGAGUGUGAGUGGCACAGUGACAGAGAGGAAGAGGAGGAGCUAGCUGAGGAGGUAAAGGAAAAAGCUGCUAUUGAGGAUGCAAAGAAAGAGGAAGCCACGCCAAGGGAAGAUCCAAAAGGCAUCCCAGAGUUCUGGCUCACCAUAUUCAAGAGUGUGGACAUGCUCAGUGACAUGCUACAGGAACACGAUGAGCCCAUCCUAAAGCACCUGAAAGAUAUUCAAGUCAAGUUUUCUGAGCCAGGACAACCAAUGAGCUUCACAUUAGAGUUCCACUUUGAGUCCAAUGGUUACUUCAACAACGCAGUCCUCACUAAAGUCUACAGGAUGAAGUCAGAGCCUGAUGCCUCAGAGCCUUUCUCAUUCGAGGGGCCAGAGAUCAUUGACUGCGAAGGCUGUCAGAUAGAUUGGCACAAGGCGAAGGAUGUGACAGUGAAAACUAUAAAGAAGAAACAGAAGCAUAAAGGCCGUGGCACUGUCCGCACUGUUACCAAACAGGUCCCCAAUGACUCUUUCUUCAACUUCUUUAACCCGGUGAAAGCUUCACCAGAUGGAGAAAUGGACGAAGACUCUGAGUUCACCCUAGCCACAGACUUUGAGAUUGGGCAUUUCUUCCGUGAGAGAAUAGUUCCCAGAGCAGUGCUGUAUUUCACUGGAGAGGCCCUGGAGGAUGACGAGAGUUUUGAAGAGGAGGAGCUGGAGGAGGGAGAUGAAGAGGAACAAGAUGAGGAGGGCGAUGAUGACGAUGAUGAGGGAGACUUUGACACCAAGAAAGAACAGCCCCAGCCUGCCGAAUGCAAACAGCAGUAACCGUGGUGAUCAGGGGAGGUGGUGACCUGCUGUCCGUCAAAUCAGUUCUUAGCCAAUCAGCAAGUCCUCCUACUCUCGCAGGCCUCGACUUUUUAUGAACUCAUCUGAACGCAAUAGAACGCAAACCAAACUGCGUUUUUACUAUGUGCAUGACGUAUUUUUCUUUUGUCUUGCGCCCAUCUCACCCCCUAUUUAAUUAAACUACCAUAGCAUCACAUGGGGACAGUCUUUUUCUUUGGUAAGGUGGAGUAGAUUACUACUGCCAAGAACCUCAGAGAAUCUUCAUAUGGAAAAAAAUAUAGGAAAGAAAUGGAUCCCAAUUUAAGUUUUCAUGGAAAUAAAUCGGUUACUCAGGGUUUUUUAAUGCCAACAAGACAAGUGCGAGUUUAGCAGGAAACUGUUGAACGAGUCUGACAUAAUCUUUCACUGGGGUAGUGUUUUUCUUUUGUUAUGGUGUUUUUUAAGAGACAUUCAAUGUAUCAUUUUGAAUUUAAUUUACUUUUUUAAAUGUUCAUUGUCAUACGUCAUUGGACUAUUUAUUCUGGUGUCAGUGGUGCAUUUCGGGAGCUCUUAAGGCCCAGCCACAGUUAUAGGCUGCUCCUCAUUGGCUCAAAUGGUAUUUGGGCAUAGCAGAUCAACAAAACUUGAAUACUGCCAGGUAAUUUGUUUCAAACAUUGAAUAAUUGUGUGAUGCAUUAAUACUGCUCAUGUCUGCCCAGGCUUAUUGGGCUUGCAGGCAUUUAAACUGAGCACUUAAAUAGUCACGCAACACUAAUUAACAUCAUGGACAAGCAUGUGGUUAUACCUCAAAACUGUCAAGAAUAGCUUUUCUCUGUUUGCGCCGACACCCUUGAAAUUCUCUCUUGAGCUUGUGUCAUCAAAGAUAAUGAGCAUUUUAAGAGGACAAGACAUUUCUAAAGUAGCCCAGCCCAAGCAUUACAUUCAGUUUGGUGAAUAUUUCCCCUAAAAUGACACAUUUAAGCAGACACGGUGGUUGACCCGCAACCUUUUUUUGGUCGUUAUCACUUCUAAACAAAAGUCAUUUAAAGUCAGUGAUGGGACAGGGUGCAGAAUGUUUGGAUCAAAUGUAAAUUCCGUUGCCAAGAAGCCGAAAGACAAAACACACCGUCCUCUUUUAUUCGACUGUUUGCCAAUUGUCAUUAACACAGUGUAAUCUAAUUCAGCAUUUAAACUGUUUAAGAAUAUAUAAAUAUUUCUGUUUAUUGUCUAAUGAUUCAGUAGAAUGUCUGUGGAAAACAAAUGGAAGAGGUUUGCCAAUGUAUUUUAUAUGCUGCAUUUGGAUUUUGGCCGUUUUGAUUGGGACACCUUUGCCUGAUCAGCAUAGCAGUUGCAGCGAAAGUAAUACCCACCCCUUAACUCUUUUUUAAAAAAGAACGAUUGUAGAUCUUGUUGAACAGAUCUUUCAGAGCCACGGUUGACAUCUUCAAAUCUACCACAUUGGACCGUGUGCUAGCAAUGGCCUUAACUGGUUCUUAUUCACAAUUUGUUACUUGCGCAAUAUUUCUUUUCAAUUUGUACAGAGUUAGUUAAAAUAUUCUAUUAAAGUUGUGCGACAUGGAAAUGGAUAUUUGUGUCUU